AUGAAGAUCAAUAUUGUUUCUGCUCUUGGAGCAAUUGUCUUCUCGUCUUUUGUUUCUGCUCAACUCUCUGGUGGCGUGGGUCCAUCCACGACCACCGCCUCCAAAGCAGCGAAGAAAGUCUGCAACAUCCUCAACUAUGGGGGUGUAGCCUCUAAGACUACGGACAACGCUCCAGCAAUUGCUUCUGCAUGGGCUGCCUGCAAGUCUGGAGGAGAGGUUUACAUCCCUGCUGGGGACUACGGACUCGCAACCUGGGUAACUCUCACUGGCGGAACAGCAGUUUCCAUAAACUUGGAUGGGAUCAUCUAUCGUACUGGCACUGCGGGGGGAAAUAUGAUAUUCAUCGAACACACCACCGAUUUUGAAUUCUAUAGCAGCACCUCAAAAGGAGCCGUCCAAGGCUACGGUUACGUUUUCCAUGCUGCCGGAACCUACGGCCCACGAAUUCUCCGACUGUACGAAGUUGUCAACUUCUCCGUGCACGACAUCGCUCUGGUCGAUGCAGGAGCUUUCCAUUUCACAAUGGAUACAUGCAGCAACGGUGAAGUCUACAACAUGAUUAUUCGAGGAGGCAACGAAGGGGAAUUAGACGGGAUCGAUGUGUGGGGAACCAAUAUCUGGAUCCAUGACAUUGAAGUCACAAACAAGGAUGAAUGUGUCACCGUCAAAAGUCCUGCGAGUUAUAUCCUUGUCGAGAGUAUCUAUUCCAACUGGUCUGGUGGCUGUGCUAUUGGCUCACUUGGUGCCGACACUGAUAUUCAUCAUAUUCAGUAUAACCACGUCUAUACCCAGGAGUCCAAUCAAAUGCUCCUGAUCAAGUCCAACGGUGGAAGUGGCUCGGUUUACUCAUGCUCAUUUAACAACUUCAUUGGGCAUUCGAACGCAUACACCCUCGACAUUGAUGGCUACUGGAGUUCAGAGACCACCGCAGCAGGAAAUGGCGUACUAUUCUACGACAUCACUUUCGAUAACUGGCACGGAACCUGUUCAAACGGUGCAACACGAGCUCCUCUACAACUGCUGUGUCCAUCUGGAGCACCAUGCUACGGUAUCACGAUCGAGAAUUUCGACAUCUGGACUGAGGCUGGCAGUGAGGUGCUUUACAAGUGCGAAAACGCUUAUGGGAGUGGACCUUGCUUGAGCACUGGUACUAGUCACACUGCAUAUGCGAUUACUACUCAUACUGUUACUUCUGUUGCGUCCUAUACCAUUACGAAGAUGGCGGCUGAUUUUACGGCUGGCUUUGGGCUCACGACCAGCAUUCCAAUCCCAGCGAUUCCGACGUCGUUCUACCCAGGCCUGGCACCCAGCAGCGCGCUGCUUGGCUGA